ACAGCUACCCCAGGGCCAACGCACCCCCGGUCCCAGUACUACCUCCAGGUCAAGCCCCACACCUAGCCCUGGUCCCAGUACUACCUCCAGGUCAAGCCCCACACCUAGCCCCGGGCAUAGGACUACCCUCAGCCCCAUCCUGUCUACUACCUGGGUCUGGAUGUCCUUCAGAACCAGGAUAUCCAUACCUGCCUCCCACAGCUGGUCAACACACAGGGUGAGGACUGCUACCUAACUACUUACAGUACAUAUGGGUACAUAUACUACCUUACAGUACAUAUGGGUACAUAUACUACUAAACUACCUUACAGUACAUAUGGGUACAUAUACUACUAAACUACCUUACAGUACAUAUGGGUACAUAUAAUACCUAAACUACCUUACAGUACAUAUGGGUACAUACUACUAACUACCUUACAGUACAUAUUGGGUACAUAUAACUAUAACUACCUACAGGUACAUAUGGGUACAUAACUACUAAACUACCUUACAGUACAUAUGGGUACAUAACUACUAAACUACCUACCGUACAUAUGGGUACAUAUACUACUAAACUACCUUACAGUACAUAUGGGUACAUAUACUACUAAACUACCUUACAGUACAUAUGGUACAUAUACUACUAAACUACCUUACAGUACAUAUGGGUACAUAUACUACUAAACUACCUUACAGUACAUAUGGGUACAUAUACUACUAAACUACCUUACAGUACAUAUGGGUACAUAUACUACUAAACUACCUUACAGUACAUAUGGGUACAUAUACUACUAAACUACCUUACAGUACAUAUGGGUACAUAUACUAAACUACCUUACAGUACAUAUGGGUACAUAUAAUACUAAACUACCUUACAGUACAUAUUUGUACAUAUAAUACUAAACUACCUUACAGUACAUAUAGAUACAUAUACUACUAAACUACCUUACAGUACAUAUCAGUUUGAGAAUGACAGUCAAAUGAUGUUUUACUUCAUUUUUACAUUUACAUUUUAGUCAUUUAGCAGACGCUCUUAUCCAGAGCGACUUACAGUUAGUGAAUACAUAUAUAUAUAUUUUUUUAUACUGGCCCCCCGUGGGAAUCGAACCCACAACCCUGGCGUUGCAAACGCCAUGCUCUAUCACUACUACAUCCUGAGACAUCCCUCCCGCCACUCCCGGGCCAAUUGGACGCGCGCCCAAUUGUGCCCGCCACGAGUCUGCGCGAGCCUGGAUUCGACCAGGUCAGGGCACAUUACACCAAUGCAGUGCAUUAGCCACUUGCACUCAGAUCUAAAGGGAUUCAUUUGAACAUGCGGCCUUCAACGCUAUCUCUUCCUCCUCCUCCUCCUCCUCGACCCCCCUCCUCCUCCUCUAUCUGCUCCUCCUGCCUACUCCCGCUCCUACCGCUCCUCCGCCUGACCCUCCGCACCCUCUCCUCUCCGCCUCUCCUCAGCUCUCCAACUCGCAUGCCUACCCCUCUCGACUCUCCGACAUCCAGACCGCAGCUAGCAUCUACCUCUCAGACCAACGCUGCCCUCCUCAUCUCCUCUCACCUACAGCCGCUACAUACUGCCCCCUCCUCCUCUCCCUAAGGCCUAAUUAACUGACGAAGAAGAGAAGACGGAAGAAUCCCUGAGAAGACCAUUUUGUGACGGUUCCUUUAGCAGUGGGUUCUGAGAGUGGAGGUGGAGGCGUUGACGCCCCGUCCUAUGACAGUGACGGGGCCACAGGGAGCAGCUCGGGGAUGGGGGGCUAUCAGCUCCUGACUUGGGAUCGCUACCAGCCUGGACUUUGGAGCACGCUCUACAACAGUAACUAUGACGUCCUGUGAGUGGCUUUUCUGCCUUACAUUCCCUAACUCUUCCCCAAGGCUCACGCCUUAAGCUGCCUGUCUUAAAGUCUCUAACUCAAGGCUACAUUAUUUUAAGGGACAAAUAUUUUCCACUUUCUAUGUCUGACCAAAUCAUAACUCAUCAGCAAUGUCUUUCUCAUUUCUUAGCCCACAGUAAAAUGGUUUAGUCAUGAGUCAUUGUAAACAAACCCCAUUUCAUUAACUUAAACAAUUGACUUAAAUGGCCACAAUUGACUCCUACUGUAUGUUAUUCUUAUCACACUUGGUCAAUCAUAAUUAUAAACUGGGUGGUUCAAUAUCUGAAUGCUGAUUGGCUGAAAGCCGUGGUAUAUCAGACCGUAUACCACGAGUAUGACAAAACAUGUAUUUUUACUGCUCUAAUUACGUUGGUAACCAGUUUAUAAUAGCAAUAAGGUAUCUCUGGUGUUUGUGGUAUAUUGCCAAUAUACCACGUCUAAGGGCUGUAUCCAGGCACUCCACGUUGUGCCGUGCUUAAUAUACCAUAUACCACACCCACUCGGGCAUUAUUGCUUAAAUAUACACUGAGUUUACAAAACAUUAAGAACACCUUCCUAAUGUUGAGUUGCAACCCCCCUUUCGCCUCAAUUCGUUAGGGCAUGGACUACUAGGUGUCGAAUGUGUUCCACAGGGAUGCUGGCCAAUGUUGACUCCAAUGCUUCCCACAGUUGUGUCAAAUUGGCUGGAUGUCCGUUGGGUGGUGAUACACACGGGAAACUGUCGAGCGUGAAAAACCCAGCAGCGUUGCAGUUCUUGACACAAACCGGUGCACCUGGCAGUCUGGCACCUACAACCAUAGUCUGUUCAAAGGCACUUAAAUAUCUUGUCUUGCCCAUUCACCCUCUGACACAUGCACAAUCCACGUCUCAAUUGUCUCAAAACACUUCUUUAACCUGUCUCCUCCCCUUCAUCUACACUGAGUUGAAGUGGAUUUAACAAGUGACAUCAGUAAGGGAUCAUAGCUUUCACCUGGAUUCACCUGGUCAGUCUAUGUCAUGGAAAGAGCAGGUGUUCUUAAUGUUUUGUCCACUCAGUGUAGAUGAUUCUAUUGUCUCUCGACAGACCUUCCCCAGGUUACCAUGUGGACACCGAUAAGGGUUUCAACUACUCCGCAGCUGACGAGUCCUUUGUGUGUCAGAAAAAGAACCACUUUCAGGUCACAGUUCACGUAGGGAUGGCCGGGGACCCCAAGUUCGUCAAAACACCCAACGGCCCUGCGCAAAUAGAGAGCUUCCAAGUCAAGGUGUUUGGUGUCAAGGUUAGUAUAACGCCAUCCAAAUAUGCAACAUGAACUUACCUAGAACUUCAGAUUUUUGACCUCGGCAGACUACUUCAAAUGAUGCAAAGGCAUUAAAAGAAAUCGUUUUUUUGUUAGUAUGCAGUUAGCUAUCCUUUGACCAUUUUUCUGUCUCUGCAGCUUGAGGCACAGACUCACAAAGUCACCAUAGAACAGUCACAGUCUGAUCGCAGCAAGAAACCAUUCCUGCCAGUCAAGUGAGUGUCCUGUCCUCAUUUCGUUAUACUAUUUACUGUAGACGGCUGUGUUCCAUGUUGUGAGUGUAAUCUGUCAUUCAAACUGAACAAUGACACAAUUGUGAUCAGAAAGGCGAUCUGGUUGCAGAAAAGUGAUAACUAUGGCUGAGAUUCAUCCGAUCAGCGGUAGAUCCGCGUAGUAGCACGUUUGACUUUUUAAAGGUAAUUUCCCAUUGAGCCGACAAAUGCAGCGUAGUUCACUGUAAAUGCGGGAACAUUGCCUUUAAAAGGUAUAUAUGGUGCAUGGCCAAAAAGGGAUCGAUUGGCUUGAAUCCCGUCCUACGUUUUUGAAUAACGUCUCAUCCCUCAGAGUCAGUCUACCAGGGGACAAGAUCACUAAAGUUACUCUGGGAAGACUGCACUUCAGUGAGACCACUGUCAACAACAUGAGGAAAAAGGGAAAACCCAACCCUGACCAGAGGUUGGUUAUUACUAUGUUAUUACCAUGUUAUUAAUAUGUUAUUACCAUGUUAUUACCAUGUUAUUACCAUGUUAUUACCAUGUUAUUACCAUGCUAUUACCAUGCUAUUACCAUGUUAUUACUAAGUUAUUACUCAGACCCGCUCUAAAAAAAUUACUUUACAUACUAAUAUCAUCAUUACAUUUACAUUUCAGUCAUUUAGCAGACACUCUUAUCCAGAGCGACUAACAUGAGCAAUUAGGGUUAAGUGCCUUGGUCAAGGGCACAUCGACAGAUUUUCCACCUAGUCGGCUCGGGGAUUAGAACCAGCGACCUUUCGGUUACUGGCACAACGCUCUUAACCACUAAGCUACCUGCCGCCCAAUUGAAAGUGAAGUUUCAACAUGUGGUUCCAUGUGUCCUUGUGUUAUGACCAGGUACUUCCUGAUGGUGGUGGGUUUGUACGCCACAGUGAGGGAAGAGAGUUACCUGCUGGUAGCAUACAUGUCAGAGAGGAUCAUAGUCAGGGUGAGUACUGAACCGUAAGUACUAAAGCAGGGAUCAUCAACUGUUGAGCGGAUGUUUGUUUUUUUGCUCUGAAAACUCGGGGGGGGGGGCCAAAAGAGACCACCCGGGGGGGGCCAGAUUUGGUACGCGGGCCGCCAUUUGGGGAACCCUGUACUAAAAGCAUUUAAAAGCAUGGGACUAAAGUACUAAGUACUAAAGCAUACUAAAACAUGGGACUUGUUAAAAUUAAGGUUAAAUAAAUAAAAAACAUAAAAGUAAAAUAAAAUGUACUAAACCAUGUUUCCAUUGGACAAUUUGUUCCAGAAUGCACCGUGAUCUAAAUGGAACCAACCAUAACCGUAACUUGAAACUCUUCCGUGUUCCUCCACCACAGGCGUCGAAUCCGGGCCAGUUUGAGAACGACAGUGAGGUGUUUUGGCAGCGAGGACAGGCUCCGGACGCGGUGGUGUGCCAGGGGAGGGUGGGCAUCAACACAGACACCCCCGAUGAAGCCCUGGUGGUCUGUGGCAACGCUAAGAUCAUGGGGCAGGUCAUGCACCCCUCCGACCACCGCGCCAAACACAACAUACGAGAGGUAUGAAGCAGCACAUGUAUGCUUCUAUAUAAUAGCUAUCGAUAUAAUGGUUUUGGUGUAAAAUAACAAGUAGGAACAUAGAAAUGCCUUCACAGCGGCCCAAGGAAUGAUAUCUUACCUGAACUGACAAUAUUUCAACUCUGUAGGUGGAUUCAACAGAGCAGCUGAAGAGAAUAUCUCAGAUGAGGAUAGUGGAGUAUGACUACAAGCCUGAGUUCGCCUCAAAGAUGGGGAUCGAUCACAUACAUGAAACAGGCAUCAUAGCCCAGGAGGUGAAGAAGCUGCUGCCUGCUGCUGUCAAAGAGGUGGGGGACAUCACCUGCAGCGACGGAGAGAAGAUCCACAACUUCCUCAUGGUGGACAAAGUAAGUGUCAGUUCCCCACGAGAUUGAAGGCCUGAUAACAUAUUAUCCGGUGUGAUAAUCAGUAUGAGGAUUGUCAAGAGAUUUGUCAGUGUUAUGGUCCCACUUUAAACAAACUACUUUGAAGAACAAUUUACUGUAACAUUUUAUAUUCUAUUUCUCCCCCCACAGGAGCAGAUCUUCAUGGAGAACGUCGGGGCUGUGAAGCAGCUGUGUAAGCUGACUGACAACCUGGAGAACAGGAUUCAGGAGCUGGAGGUGUGGAACACACAGUCGGCCAAGCUCAAGAACAUGGGCAGCCUGCGAUCCAGCAGCAACCCUGCUAACAGCAGCACUAAAGAGUAAUGUUACAGUACCACCAGGGGGUGCUGUUCUCUAUGGCCUAUUGCCUACAAGUUCGCUUUCAGUUUUCUAAAUAUUUGGAGAUACUGAGAUAUUUUCUCUGGCACCCUACAGAAAAACCCCUUUUGUAUUAAAUUCAGUCAAUCAGUUUAGUCAGGUACUCAGGGCCUGUUUUCAGAUCUCUGACGUGUAAGAGACAGGGGGAUGGUACUGAGGGUGGUUGAGCUGUGGAUGUGUUGUGCCUCUGUCUUUAUGACCAGGGUCACUAUCAUGGGGCCGUCAACACAUUCUCAGCUCAACGGUAACAACCCUAUGGCUUCUGCUUUAUGCUUCCUGGACUGUCAAAUAUCUCCAGUUUAUUGUAGUUUAGGAGCCUCGCCUUAUGGAAAGACUGAGUUUGUACUCGAAUGGACUGGAUAGGGAAUGCUCCGACUGUCUUGGUUUCCUAGUACACGUGUCACAUUUUCAACUGUCAUUAUUUAAACAUGCUGUGUUGAUAAUAUACAUACUUGUGUUGUGUUACACAGGAAAAUGAACAGACACAGUAGUGUUCCACCACCCCAACAGAAGCCAACGCCUCUCAAAUCUUUCAAGGUGAGGUAGAACUUCAGAAAGACCGUAUACUUGUAUAACAACAGGUGUACAGCAAGUCUGAUUCAAACCAACACCAUUUAUAUUCCUGUUUAUUCUCUUUUAGGCGAAGUUCCAGGCGAAGUACCACCACUGCUUAAAACACAAGUUCGUCCAAGUCAUCAUCAUCAUUCUGGUAGCAACAAUGGCUUUCUGGUAAGACCGCCUGUUACAACUGAGGAGGAGAUAUUCUUAUAUUCUUAGAUAUUCUUACAGUAAAACAAAACGUAUGGCUACUUUGUUAGAAAAUACCUUUGGAUAUUGAAGCACUGCCAGUGGUGUAAAGUACUUAAGUAAAAAAUACUUUGAAGUAAUACUUAAGUCGUUUUUGGGGGGUAUCUGUACUUUACUUUACUAUUUAUAUUUUGGACAACUUUUACUUUUACUUCACUACAUUCCUAAAGAAAAUAAUGUACUUUUUACUUCCAUACAUUUUCCCUGACACCCAAAAGUACUUGUUACAUUUUGAAUGCGUAGCAGGACAGGGAACAUUUUCUAAUUCACACACUUAUCAAGAGAACAUCCCUGGUCAUCCCUACUGCCUCUGAUCUGGUGGACUCACUAAACACAGAUGCUUCGUUUGUAAAUGAUGUCUGAGCAUUGGAGAUAGCCCCUGGCUUUCCGUAAAUAAAAAAAAACAAGAAAAUGGCGCCAUCUGGUUUGCUUAAUAUAAGGAACUUGAAAUGAUUUGUACUUUACAUUUACUUUUAAUACCUAAGUAUAUUUUAGCAAUUACAUUUACUUUUGAAACUUAAGUAUAUUUAAAACCAAAUACUUUUAGACUUUUACUCAAGUAGUAUUUUACUGGGUGACUUUCACUUUUACUUGAGUCAUUUUCUAUUAAUGUAUCUUUACUUUUACUCAAGUAUGACAAUUGAGUACUUUUUCCACCACUGAGCACUGCAAUGUACAGGUAACUGCCAAAAUAAAGGAAACAUAAAGUGUCUUAAUAGGGCGUUGGGUCCACCACGAGCCAGAACAGCUUCCAUGCACCUUGGCAUAGAUUCUACCAGUGUCUGGAACUCUAUUGGAGGGAUGUGAAACCAUUCUUCCACGAGAAAUUCCAUCAUUUGGUGUUUUGUUGAUGGUGGUGGAAAACGCUGUCUCAGGCGCUGCUCCAGAAUCUCCCACAAGUGUUUAAAUUGGGUUGAGAUGUGGUGACUGAGACGGCCACGGCAUAAGGUCUACAUCAUUGCCAUGCUCAUGAAACCAUUCUGUGACCACUCGUGCCCUGUGGAUGGGGGCGUUGUCAUCUAUGGGGGCAUAGCCAUGGUAGCCAAAAUAAACGGCCAAAAUAAUGUCCCUAAACAUUAAAAUAUAAUAGAAAUAAUAACCCUAAGCAUGCUGGGAUGUUAAUUGCUUAAUUGACUCAGGAACCACACCUGUGUGGAAGCGACUGCUUUCAAUAUACUUUGUAUCCCUCAUUUACUCAAGUGUUUCCAUUAUUUUGGCAGUUCCCUCUACCUGAAUAUAUAGGGAAAGGGGGAUACCUAGUCAGUUGUUCAACUGAAUGCAUUCAACUAAUAUAAUAUUGAGAGCGUAAAGCUUUAUCUAUUCUGAUAACUGUAUCAGAGAGAUCUAAACGUGAGAAACGUUGACUAUCAUAUCAGCUAGGGAGGGACGUGACUGUAUAGAAGCAUUGGAGAGUUUAGAAUAUAGAAGUUUACCAUUCCUUACAACUUAUUUUUCAUAAACAGGCCCCGUGUAGCUCAGUUGGUAAAGCAUGGCGCUUGCAAUGCCAGGGUUGUGGGUUCGUUUCCCACGGGGGGCCAGUAUGAAAAAAUUGAUGCACUCACUAACUGUAAGUCGCUCUGGAUAAGAGCGUCUGCUAAAUUACUAAAAUGUAAAAAAAAUAUAUAUAUAUAUCGACACUUGAAGUUAUUUUUUUUAUGUACCUGCAUUGUAAAUCCCCUGGUCUGGGCCUGACUAUGUUGUUUUCUUAUGUAAUGUUUAUGAAUGUGUUAUGCAUGAGUUAUGAAGUGUUAUGAUGUCCUCAUGUCUCCUCCACAGCUCUAUUGCCAUCACAGCUCUCUACAUGCUGACUCUGAGAGACGACGCCGGCAUGCUCUUUCCUGGAAGCACGUAAGACACACCACUAAACUGGCUUCAAAAACUACAGCUGCCCCCAGCCUUUAUUUGACAAGUAAACGGUGCCAAGAAUACUAUUGAGACACAAACGUUAUUAUCAUCAGUGACAACACUAUCCAGAACUGAAUGUGAAAUUAAUUUCAAAGAUCAUAUCAUGUUUUUUUAUUUGCAGCAACGAGACUACUAUGCACCCUCUCUACACCUCAAGCAGGGCCUCCUGUAAACUUUUCAUAAACAGGCCCUUAGGUAAACAUCCUCUCGUCCUCACGUGGCAAUAAAAAUUUGCACUCAAAGUAGGCUCUUGGUAACUCUCUCUAAAAAAGUCAGUUGUACUUGUAAAUCUUCUAACUCGAAGCAUAGUAUGAGGUAACUCUUUCUCAAAGUAGCUACUUACACCUUCUAACCUAACUCAGCUCUGUCUUCCUAGACUAACAUCAGCUACUGAAACUCUCUAACUAACGCACAUUACAGCUUAGGUGAAAAUCCUUUACACCAUACAGUCAGUACACUAGUACACAUCCUACAAGUGCUACUUAGUAAACAUCCUCUCUCACUCAACAGAGCUACCUAGGAACAUCCUCUCUACACCUCAACAGCAGGCUACCUUAGGUAAACAUCCUCUAACCUCAACAGUCAGGCCUACCUUAGGUAAACAUCCUCUCUACACCUCAACAGUCAGGCUACCUUAGGUAACAUCCUCUCUAACACCUCAACGCGGCCUACCUUAGGUAAACAUCCUUUACACCUCAACAGUCAGGCCUACCUUAGGUAACAUCUUCUCUACACCUCAACAGUCAGGCUUACUUAGGUAAACAUCCUCUCUACACCUCAACAGUCAGGCACUUGACCUUACUAACAGCCCUCUCUACAUCCUCAACACGCCAGGCCUACCUUAGGUAAACAUCCUCUCUACACCUCAACAGUCAGGCCUACCUUAGGUAAACAUCCCUCUCACCUAACACCUCAGACAUCUAGGCCUACCUUAGGUAAACAUCCUCUCUACACCUCACAGUCAGGCCUACCUUAGGUAACAUCCUCUCUACACCUCAACAGUCCAGGCCUACCUUGGUAAACAUCCUCUCUACACCUCAACAGUCAGGCCUACCUUAGGUAAACAUCCUCUCUACACCUCAACAGUCAGGCCUACCUUAGGUAAACAUCCUCUCUACACCUCAACAGUCAGGCCUACCUUAGGUAAACAUCCUCUCUACACCUCAACAGUCAGGCCUACCUUAGGUAAACAUCCUCUCUACACCUCAACAGUCAGGCCUACCUUAGGUAAACAUCCUCUCUUACACCUCAACAGUCAGGCCUACCUUAGGUAAACAUCCUCUCUACACCUCAACAGUCAGGCCUACCUUAGGUAAACAUCCUCUCUACACCUCAACAGUCAGGCCUACCUUAGGUAAACAUCCUACCCUCCCCUAAUCCUCUCUACACCUCAACAGUCAGGCCUACCUUAGGUAAACAUCCUCUCUACACCUCAACAGUCAGGCCUACCUUAGGUAAAACAUCCUCUCUACACCUCAACAGUCAGGCCUACCUUAGGUAAACAUCCUCUCUACACCUCAACAGUCAGGCCUACCUUAGGUAAACAUCCUCUCUACACCUCAACAGUCAGGCCUACCUUAGGUAAACAUCCUCUCUACACCUCAACAGUCAGGCCUACCUUAGGUAAACAUCCUCUCUACACCUCAACAGUCAGGCCUACCUUAGGUAAAACAUCCUCUCUACACCUCAACAGUCAGGCCUACCUUAGGUAAACAUCCUCUCUACACCUCAACAGUCAGGCCUACCUUAGGUAAACAUCCUCUCUACACCUCAACAGUCAGGCCUACCUUAGGUAAACAUCCUCUCUACACCUCAACAGUCAGGCCUACCUUAGGUAAACAUCCUCUCUACACCUCAACAGUCAGGCCUACCUUAGGUAAACAUCCUCUCUACACUCAACGUCAGGCCUACUUAGGUAAACACUCUCCUACACCUCAACAGUCAGGCCUACCUUAGGUAAACAUCCUCUCUACACCUCAACAGUCAGGCCUACCUUAGGUAAACAUCCUCUCUACACCUCAACAGUCAGGCCUACCUUAGGUAAAACAUCACUCCUCUUACACCUUCAAACAGUCAGGCCUACCUUAGGUAAACAUCCUCUCUACAACCUACACAACAGUCAGGCCUACCUUAGGUAAACAUCCUCUCUACACCUCAACAGUCAGGCCUACCUUAGGUAAAACACUCCUCUCUACACCUCAACAGUCAGGCCUACCUUAGGUAAACAUCCUCUCUACACCUCAACAGUCAGGCCUACCUUAGGUAAACAUCCUCUCUACACCUCAACAGUCAGGCCUACCUUAGGUAAACAUCCUCUCUACACCUCAACAGUCAGGCCUGCCUUAGGUAAACAUCCUCUCUACACCUCAACAGUCAGGCCUACCUUAGGUAAACAUCCUCUCUACACCUCAACAGUCAGGCCUACCUUAGGUAAACAUCCUCUCUACACCUCAACAGUCAGGCCUACCUUAGGUAAACAUCCUCUCUACACCUCAACAGUCAGGCCUACCUUAGGUAAACAUCCUCUCUACACCUCAACAGUCAGGCCUACCUUAGGUAAACAUCCUCUCUACACCUCAACAGUCAGGCCUACCUUAGGUAAACAUCCUCUCUACACCUCAACAGUCAGGCCUACCUUAGGUAAACAUCCUCUCUACACCUCAACAGUCAGGCCUACCUUAGGUAAACAUCCUCUCUACACCUCAACAGUCAGGCCUACCUUAGGUAAACAUCCUCUCUACACCUCAACAGUCAGGCCUACCUUAGGUAAACAUCCUCUCUACACCUCAACAGUCAGGCCUACCUUAGGUAAACAUCCUCUCUACACCUCAACAGUCAGGCCUACCUUAGGUAAAACAUCCUCUCUACACCUCAACAGUCAGGCCUACCUUAGGUAAACAUCCUCUCUACACUCAACAGUCAGGCCUACCUUAGGUAAACAUCCUCUCUACACCUCAACAGUCAGGCCUACCUUAGGUAAACAUCCUCUCUACACCUCAACAGUCAGGCCUACCUUAGGUAAACAUCCUCUCUACACCUCAACAGUCAGGCCUACCUUAGGUAAACAUCCUCUCUACACCUCAACAGUCAGGCCUACCUUAGGUAAACAUCCUCUCUACACCUCAACAGUCAGGCCUACCUUAGGUAAACAUCCUCUCUACACCUCAACAGUCAGGCCUACCUUAGGUAAACAUCCUCUCUACACCUCAACAGUCAGGCCUACCUUAGGUAAACAUCCUCUCUACACCUCAACAGUCAGGCCUACCUUAGGUAAACAUCCUCUCUACACCUCAACAGUCAGGCCUACCUUAGGUAAACAUCCUCUCUACACCUCAACAGUCAGGCCUACCUUAGGUAAACAUCCUCUCUACACCUCAACAGUCAGGCCUACCUUAGGUAAACAUCCUCUCUACACCUCAACAGUCAGGCCUACCUUAGGUAAACAUCCUCUCUACACCUCAACAGUCAGGCCUACCUUAGGUAAACAUCCUCUCUACACCUCAACAGUCAGGCCUACCUUAGGUAAACAUCCUCUCUACACCUCAACAGUCAGGCCUACCUUAGGUAAACAUCCUCUCUACACCUCAACAGUCAGGCCUACCUUAGGUAAACAUCCUCUCUACACCUCAACAGUCAGGCCUACCUUAGGUAAACAUCCUCUCUACACCUCAACAGUCAGGCCUACCUUAGGUAAACAUCCUCUCUACACCUCAACAGUCAGGCCUACCUUAGGUAAACAUCCUCUCUACACCUCAACAGUCAGGCCUACCUUAGGUAAACAUCCUCUCUACACCUCAACAGUCAGGCCUACCUUAGGUAAACAUCCUCUCUACACCUCAACAGUCAGGCCUACCUUAGGUAAACAUCCUCUCUACACCUCAACAGUCAGGCCUACCUUAGGUAAACAUCCUCUCUACACCUCAACAGUCAGGCCUACCUUAGGUAAACAUCCUCUCUACACCUCAACAGUCAGGCCUACCUUAGGUAAACAUCCUCUCUACACCUCAACAGUCAGGCCUACCUUAGGUAAACAUCCUCUCUACACCUCAACAGUCAGGCCUACCUUAGGUAAACAUCCUCUCUACACCUCAACAGUCAGGCCUACCUUAGGUAACAUCCCUCUAACUCACUCCUCCUUAGGAAUCCUCUACACCUCAACAGUCAGGCCUACCUUAGGUAAACAUCCUCUCUACACCUCAACAGUCAGGCCUACCUUAGGUAAACAUCCUCUCUCACCCUCAACAGUCAGGCCUACCUUAGGUAAACAUCCUCUCUACACCUCAACAGUCAGGCCUACCUUAGGUAAACAUCCUCUCUCACCUCAACAGUCAGGCCUACCUUAGGUAAACAUCCUCUCUACACCUCAACAGUCAGGCCUACCUUAGGUAAACAUCCUCUCUACACCUCAACAGUCAGGCCUACCUUAGGUAAACAUCCUCUCUACACCUCAACAGUCAGGCCUACCUUAGGUAAACAUCCUCUCUACACCUCAACAGUCAGGCCUACCUUAGGUAAAACAUCCUCUCUACACCUCAACAGUCAGGCCUACCUUAGGUAAACAUCCUCUCUACACCUCAACAGUCAGGCCUACCUUAGGUAAACAUCCUCUCUACACCUCAACAGUCAGGCCUACCUUAGGUAAACAUCCUCUCUACACCUCAACAGUCAGGCCUACCUUAGGUAAACAUCCUCUCUGACACCUCAACAGUCAGGCCUACCUUAGGUAAACAUCCUCUCUACACCUCAACAGUCAGGCCUACCUUAGGUAAACAUCCUCUCUACACCUCAACAGUCAGGCCUACCUUAGGUAAACAUCCUCUCUACACCUCAACAGUCAGGCCUACCUUAGGUAAACAUCCUCUCUACACCUCAACAGUCAGGCCUACCUUAGGUAAACAUCCUCUCUACACCUCAACAGUCAGGCCUACCUAGGUAAACAUCCUCUCUACACCUCAACAGUCAGGCCUACCUUAGGUAAAACAUCCUCUCUACACCUCAACAGUCAGGCCUACCUUAGGUAAACAUCCUCUCGACACCUCAACAGUCAGGCCUACCUUAGGUAAACAUCCUCUCUACACCUCAACAGUCAGGCCACCUUAGGUAAACAUCCUCUCUACACCUCAACAGUCAGGCCUACCUUAGGUAAACAUCCUAUCUACACCUCAACAGUCAGGCCUACCUUAGGUAAACAUCCUCUCUACACCUCAACAGUCAGGCCUACCUUAGGUAAACAUCCUCUCUACACCUCAACAGUCAGGCCUACCUUAGGUAAACAUCCUCUCUACACCUCAACAGUCAGGCCUACCUUAGGUAAAACAUCCUCUCUACACCUCACAGUCAGGCCUACCUUAGGUAAACCCAUCGCUAACACCUCAACAGUCGGCCUACCUAGGUAAACAUCCUCUCUACACCUCAACCAGUCAGGCCUACCUUAGGUAAACAUCCUCUCUACACCUCAACAGUCAGGCCUACCUUAGGUAAACAUCCUCUCUACACCUCAACAGUCAGGCCUACCUUAGGUAAACAUCCUCUCUACACCUCAACAGUCAGGCCUACUUAGGUAAACAUCCUCUCUACACCUCAACAGUCAGGCCUACCUUAGGUAAACAUCCUCUCUACACCUCAAACAGUCAGGCCUACCUUAGGUAAACAUCCUCUCUACACCUCAACAGUCAGGCCUACCUUAGGUAAACAUCCCUCUACACCUCAACAGUCAGGCCUACCUUAGGUAAACAUCCUCUCUACACCUCAACAGUCAGGCCUACUUAGGUAAACAUCCUCUCUACACCUCAACAGUCAGGCCUACCUUAGGUAAACAUCCUCUCUACACCUCAACAGUCAGGCCUACCUUAGGUAAACAUCCUCUCUACACCUCAACAGUCAGGCCUACCUUAGGUAAACAUCCUCUCUACACCUCAACAGUCAGGCCUACCUUAGGUAAACAUCCUCUCUACACCUCAACAGUCAGGCCUACCCUUAGGUUAAACAUCCUCUCUACACCUCAAACAGUCAGGCCUACCUUAGGUAAAACAUCCUCUCUACACCUCAACAGUCAGGCCUACCUUAGGUAAAACAUCCUCUCUACACCUCAACAGUCAGGCCUACCUUAGGUAAACAUCCUCUCUACACCUCAACAGUCAGGCCUACCUUAGGUAAACAUCCUCUCUACACCUCAACAGUCAGGCCUACCUUAGGUAAACAUCCUCUCUACACCUCAACAGUCAGGCCUACCUUAGGUAAACAUCCUCUCUACACCUCAACAGUCAGGCCUACCUUAGGUAAACAUCCUCUCUACACCUCAACAGUCAGGCCUACCUUAGGUAAACAUCCUCUCUACACCUCAACAGUCAGGCCUACCUUAGGUAAACAUCCUCUCUACACCUCAACAGUCAGGCCUACCUUAGGUAAACAUACUCUCUACACCUCAACAGCCAGGCCUACCUUAGGUAAACAUCCUCUCUACACCUCAACAGUCAGGCCUACCUUAGGUAAACAUCCUCUCUACACCUCAACAGUCAGGCCUACCUUAGGUAAACAUCCUCUCUACACUCAACAGUCAGGCCUACCUUAGGUAAACAUCCUCUCUACACCUCAACAGUCAGGCCUACCUUAGGUAAACAUCCUUCUCUACACCUCAACAGUCAGGCCUACCUUAGGUAAACAUCCUCUCUACACCUCAACAGUCAGGCCUACCUUAGGUAAACAUCCUCUCUACACCUCAACAGUCAGGCCUACCUUAGGUAAACAUCCUCUCUACACCUCAACAGUCAGGCCUACCUUAGGUAAACAUCCUCUCUACACCUCAACAGUCAGGCCUACCUUAGGUAAACAACCCCUAUACGCCCUUUAGAUGGUUUUACUCUUCACCGUAGUAACAUUGUCUGUCAUGAGUAGUCAUUGAUGUGGAGAUUGACCCUUGUUUGUUUGUUUGUUUAUUAGUAAACCCAACAACAACCCCUGGCCCGUGGCCCCUGAUGUGGACUUCUGUAGCCUGCUCUACUGUGAGGACGUGUUCUGCUGUCCCACUAAAGACACCAUGGAUAAUACCACCACCAUCUCUCCUUCCCUCCUCUCCUCCACUGCAUCUCCCACUACGGGCCCUCUCUAGCAGGUGAGCUAGCUACUACCUGUCUUCAUUUACCAACAACAAUCUUCCCUGUGUCUGUUUCCUUAUUCAUGCUAUCUUUAUGUAAAACGUACCAGUUGAUGACCUUGAAUGAUACUGAGACAUAAUUCGGAUGCUGUAAAAGUGUUGACAUUGUGCUACUUUGUGACAUGCAGUAAAAGCCCACUUUUUUUUGGAUCCAAUUCUGUCUUCUCAGAUAAAGGAAAAGACAAAUUCAAUGAAGAAAUCAAAGGUGCCGGAGAUUGUAAGUCAAAUUCUAUCGCAUACAUUUGAAGAUACGUUUUUAUGCUAAUCCAAAUAUGUUAUUUUCUGAAUACUUUAGAGUAUGACUUCUGAUUGCUGUUCUAUUUUCAGGGACAAACACAACGAUUAAGUCUUUUUUCAUCAAAGAAAACCAACAGAUAAUUGACUCUCGGUACUGUGAGAAAGGAAGCUGUAGGUAGGUAUUCAGUCAAUUUGAACUCAUUUAUACACUACCGGCCAAAGUUUUAGAACACCUACUCAUUCAAGGGUUUUUCUUUAUUGUUACUAUUUUCUACAUUGUGGAAUAAUAGUGAAGACCUCAAAACUAUGAAAUAACACAUAUGGAAUCAUGUAGUAACCAAAAAAGUGUUAAACAAAUCUAAAAUAUGUUAUAUUUGAGAUUCUUCAAAGUAGCCACCAUUUGCCUUGAUGACAGCUUUGCACACUCUUGGCAUUCUCUCAACCAGCUUCAUGAGGUAGUCACCUCGAAUGCAUUUCAAUUAACAGGUUUGCCUUCUUAAAAGUUAAUGUGUGGAAUUUCUUUCCUUCUUAAUGCGUUUGAGCCAAUCAGUUGUCUUGUGACAAGGUAGGGGGGUAUACAGAAGAUAGCCCUAUUUGGUAAAAGACCAAGUCCAUAUUAUGGCAAGAAGACCUCAAAUAAGCAAAGAGAAACGACAGUCCAUCAUUGCUUUAACACAUGAAGGUCAGUCAAUAUGGACAUUUUCAAGUCGCAAAAACCAUCAAGCGCUAUGAUGAAACUGGCUCUCAUGAGGACUGCCACAGGAAAGGAAGACCCAGAGUUACCUCUGCUGCAGAGGAUAAGUUCAUUAGAGUUACCAGCCUCAGAAAUUGCAGCCCAAAUAAAUGCUUCACAGAGUUCAAAUUGCUGCAAAGAAACCACUACUAAAGGACACCAAUAAGAAGAAGAGACUUGCUUGGUCCAAGAAUCACGAGCAAUGGACAUUAGACUGGUGGAAAUUUGUCCUUUGGUCUGGAGUCCAAAUUGGAGAUUUUUGGUUCCAACCGCUGUCUUUGUGAGACGCGGUGUGGGUGAAUGGAUGAUCUCUGCAUGUGUAUUUCCCAACGUAAAGCACGGAGGAGGAUUUAUUAGAAUUCAAGGCACACUUAACCAGCAUGGCUACCACAGCAUUCUGCAACGAUACACCAUCCCAUCUGGUUUGGGCUUAGUGGGACUAUCAUUGUUUUUCAACAGGACAAUGACCCAACACACCUCCAGGCUGUGUAAGGGCUAUUUUACCAAGAAGGAGAGUGAUGGAGUGCUGCAUCAGAUGGACCUGGCCUUCCACAAUCCCCCGACCUCAACCAAAUUGAGAUGGUUUGGGAUGAGUCGGAUGGCAGAGUGAAGGAAAAGCAGCCAACAAGUGCUAAGCAUAUGUGGGAACUCCUUCAAGACUGUUGGAAAAGCAUUCCAGGUGAAGCUGGUUGAGAUAAUGCCAAGAGUGUUCAAAGCUGUCAUCAAGGCAAAGGGUGGCUAUUUGAAGAAUCUCAAAUAUAUAAUAUAUUUUGAUUUGUUUAACACUUUUUUGGUUACUACAUGAUUCCGUAUGUGUUAUUUCAUAAUUUUGAUGUCUUCACUAUUAUUCUACAUAGUAAAAAAGUAAGAAAAACCCUUGAAUGAGUAGGUGUUCUAAAACUUUUGACCUGUAGUGUAGAUUUAGAAUCAGAAAGCCAAACCGAUGGUAUACUCACCUCUAUUUGAUCUGUUUCCAUCUAGGUCAGGAAACUACUCCUUCCAAAUCCCUAUCAGCAAGUUCAUCCCUAUCAACAUGCGUGUCACCGUCCAGAUGAAGUGAGUAGCCAGGGCUUGAGACAUGCUCCCACUCUCUCCACUUUGUUUUCCAUUUCUACUACUGCCCACUGCCAGUGGUGACAGACUGGCAUUGACUCUGGACGGGGCAGGAGAGAGUUUCUAAGAGGGUAUCUUACCUCAGGGGCUGAUGAUGGUCUGAAUCGGUGGACCUAGACGUUCAGAUUCCGUGCAGUGGGACUUGUGGGAGCUUGCGAGUCUAAGGGCUUGAUUCAAUCCGUAGUUGUGUAUGGCGCGAUUGGAAUUUUAAAGCCAAUGUUUCCGCAUUUGCGGAGACUGCAGUCACGUAAUCGCUGCAUAUGUCGUCUCAAUUGGAAAUUGCCUUUUAAAUGUCAAUCACACUACACCGCAGAUCUUCGGCGCUACGGAUUGAAUCGAGCCCUAAAGCUUUGUCUGAAUCAGACAUGGGACCCGGUCUGGCAGGAGUUCCUGUUCUGUAAUGAGGAGACGAAGGCCUCUAAGACAGACCUGCAUGGGCACAUUCUCUCACUGUUGUUCAGACUGAUGACAAAUUGUCACGGAGCACUUUGUACUUGCGCUGUGUGUUUGUUGUAAGUACCGCAAAUGACCACUAGAUGUCUCCUCUCCUCUGAUCCAGUACUAUAGAGCUGCUGGUUGUCCACCUGUGUCAUUCUGAUGUGACGUUUAAAUGCUCUGCCGUGAUGGACCAUGAUCAAACCAACGAAGAAUACACUUUCAUAAAUACACAGGUAUGGUAUCCACAGACAACACUAUACUGUGGUUGCUAUCUGUAUGAUAAUUGCAAACUCUCUGCUCUUUGUAUGAUUAAAAAGCAACCAAAAGUAAGAGUGACACUUUACUUACUUUGCUGUCUCUUUCACUCUCUCCAGGGCUACGUCCAUGAAUGGCCUCUGCCAGUGUCUCGAUUCUACAGGAGCUCCUACCACUUUCGCUCCGCAGUGGCUGUAAGAACGAAAGGAUUUCUGAAUGUGUCUUUUCCUAAAAUAUCAGUGUCAAAAGACACUGUCGCAACAGCCUCACAACUACUACGUGUUGUAUGUUGUGGGGGGGGGGGACACACGACCCAAUCUGAUAACCACAAUCUAACAGUUGUUAAACAUCGUCUUCACAGAACAGCUACAUAAGUAUGUUAUAACCACCCCCCUUCCCCUUCCUCAACUCACCGUAAUGCUCUCGCCCCACACUGGUAUUGGAAGCUGAAAAGGAGUUGACAUUUAAUCCACAACGGUCACUGUAGGCUACCAGAGAUGUUCUUUAAUGUCGUAACAGACUUUGACUACACCCUGACAUCGUCAUGGUUUAGUCUCUGCCAGAUAUCCUAUGCUUACAAUGUCAAACAAUCAAGUGUAUGUGUGGUUGGUAGACGACCAAAACAAACUGUACAUCUCAGAGAGGAAGAGGUGAAGCGAGAGGUUUACUCCGCACAAAAUCUGUCCACAAAAAUAAGCCCACAAAGUGAGGAAUUUUUUGUAUGGAGGUCAAUGAGAGAGUGUCGAUUUUUGGUCAACAAAAAAUGUAAUUCGUAUUUUGCUACGUGAGGCUUAUUUGAUCGAAUAGAAGUGUUGUAAUGGUUAGGUUGUUGCACUGAUAUAAGUGAACGUACGUGGCAUUUUGGCAACUUUUGAAAAAAAAAAAAACGCCUUUAUAUCGGUUGUGCCCGUUGUCAUAGAGAUAGAUGGAGGACUCAUCAUGGCCAUAACACAUUUAAGCAUGGACAUUGCCAUUGAGGGCUUUCACCAUUUUAAAGUAGUCAGCUGAGUUGGGAGCAAUCCCCCAAUGAAGAAGCAGAAAACGGACUUCUUUAAAACUGUCACAGACGCUAAAAUGGCACAGAUACAAAGAUUAGUCUCCCGAGUGGCGCAGUGGUCUAAGGCACUGCAUCGCAGUGCUAGCUGUGCCACUAGAGAUCCUGGUUCGAAUCCAGGCUCUGUCGUAGCCGGCCGCGACCGGGAGACCCAUGGGGCGGCGCACAAUUGGCCCAGCGUCGUCCAGGGUAGGGGAGGGAAUGGCUGGCAGGGAGGUAGCUCAGUUGGUAGAGCAUGGCGUUUGCAACGCCAGGGUUGUGGGUUCGAUUCCCACGGGGGGCCAGUAUAAAAAAAAUUAAUAAAAAAAACGUAACUGUAAGUCGCUCUGGAUAAGAGCGUCUGCUAAAUGACUAAAAUGUAAAUGUAAUUAGUCCUUUAUCUAUCACACGUGUAUCUACCCUCUCAUUGGCUAGAAUGGUCCCACCUGAUCUCGCCUCCUCACACUUGCCUUCCGUCUUUGAGGACUUGUACAGUAUUUCCAUUGUUAGAGUGGUCACUUGUCAAUAUAAUAGACAAUCUUGGUCUAUCUCCAUCCAGGGCCAGGCAGACUGCAAUACCGACCGUGGCUUCAUGGGGGCGCUGUUCACAGACUACCAUUUCAACUUCUACCGGAGGUGUGAGUGAGGAAGAAGACCUCAUCCAUACUGUAGUUCCUUUGGCAGGCCAGCCAGUGUCCAAUGACAUGUCAGUGUUUAUUUUCAUGAUGUAUGCCAACCCUAAUAAUAAAUCCACGUUGUAUUGGUUUUUCUAUGAAAUGUCCUGAUUGUUGAUGAGAUUGUUGUAUACAAUCUCUUUUUACAAGAACUGUAUAAGAGCAUAUUUAUUGAUACAGAAUUAUAGUAGGUAAGAGUUGUUUGAUUCACUUUGCCUUGUGACAAUUCUUGCACUAUGUGAAAAGAGAUUCAAUUGGAAUAGAACUGAAUAGGAUCAUUUUUAUUUUUAGUAGAAUGUAAUGCAGUACAACAGGUUAUUGAUAACUCAUUAAACAAUACAUUGAUCAUGUCACACUGUUGGCACACAGGAGGACAGGAUGAGUCCCAAAGUAAAAUAGUACUUAUAUUACUGUAUUUCAUACUUCACUGUGUAGUUAGUUAUUACAUUUAUUUCAGAAAGUAAUUGUGUUGAAUUCUGUGUUACUGCAUAAUUUCAUAGUAAUUACCAGGUAAAUACAAUUGGAAACUGUAAAAUAAAGUACUGAAUUCUCUGUUGUUUAGCAGGUACUUCCAUCCAGGGUAAACUUUAUAAUUCAGAUGUAAAUGUAGAAUUACUUCAGUAGCCUAUAUACCUUUGUAUGCCUCCUUGUCUGUAUACCUGCAGACAUACAGUUGAAGUCAGAAGUU